AGGGGUCAGACCGGAUGUACUCAUUGUUGGCGGUUCCCGACACCUUUGCUGGCUGAACAUAGGAAGAGGAGCAAAACACGCGGAAGCUCUCACGUCCCAUCAAUGUGACAAGGAUGCUUGACGUUUAAGAGCACUGCCGGAGCACUUCACGAAUCAAACAGCCGUGUUCACUGACCUCUGACCCCAGCCACAAUUGAUAUUCCUUACAGUCUGGGAAUUGACCCAGUCUUGCAUCAUGUCCAGUGCUGGUCCAGCAUCACAGAAACCAGCCAAGAGCCAAAACACACGGCAUCAUGGUUCUUUCUCCAAAGGCCUCAAAGAAAUUCACGUUGAUGAAGAAGUCAAGAUAUCAAUGAACCUCUCUUUGGAGAGGUUUCACUACAGUGACCAAAAAGAGAUGGAAUUUCCCUCCUCGUUGUCCAGUACUGAGAGGGCUUUCAUUCAUCGAAUGGCACAGUCCCUGGGUUACAUUUCUAAGAGCAAAGGGAAAGGACCAACUCGCUUCCUCACCAUCAAGAAGAAGAAUGGUUCAGACAAACCCCGGCCUAAUAUGCCACUUGCAGUCUCCCACAAUUCCUUAUAUUUCAUCCGCAGCCUACUUCAGAGGUUUCCCAUCAGCAAUAAGGAACGCAUAGACAUGCAGCCCAUCAACAAAAGCGCCAUGUCUGUUGCUGCAGAACCUGACAGCAGUUGUGAGAGGAGCAGGGCAAGCGGGCGAAUAAACAACGGCAUACCCAUGGUGCCUCGAAGAAGGAAUCCAUCAGAACUGGACGGUUUUCGAAGCUCCCUGCCUGUGCAUGAACGCCAGGACGAGAUCAUCCAGCUCAUCGGAGAAAACAGGGUUGUGUUGGUGGUUGGAGAGACCGGCUCUGGAAAAACUACACAGAUCCCACAGUUCCUGCUGGAUGAGUGCAGCAGGAAUGGAGAUCCCUGCAGGAUCUUCUGCACUCAGCCCAGACGCCUGGCUGCCAUUGCUGUGGCUGAGAGAGUGGCAGCGGAGAGAGGAGAGAGUGUGGGCCAGACUGUCGGUUAUCACAUCAGACUAGAGAGCAGGGUCUCGCCUAAGACGCUGCUGACCUUUUGCACCAGUGGAGUGCUGCUCAGAACAUUGAUGGCUGGAGAUGCCAGUCUGACAACUGUCACACAUGUCAUUGUGGAUGAGGUGCAUGAGCGUGAUGGUCUGACUGACUUCCUGCUCACCAAGAUGCGGGACGUGCUGCAGAAGAUUCCCACACUGAAACUGAUCCUGUCCAGUGCAGCUCUGGAUAUCGAUCUGUUCCUUAAGUACUUUGGCUCCUGCCCCGUUAUCCACCUCAUAGGAAGACAAUUCGAAGUGAAGGAAUUCUUUCUGGAAGACAUUCUGACGCUGACAGACUUUAACAAUAAGGACAUGAGGAAAUACAAAGAAGAGACCCAGAGAAAGGAAAAGAAGCAGAAAUGUUUGACAGAGUGGUGUAAGGCAGUAGAGGAGGAGAAACAGAGGACCCCUGUGCCUGCCCCGGGCUUCCUCCAGGACAACAGCUCCCUGGACAGAGGGGACAGCGCCUUCAACACGCUGACUGAGAAUGACACGGAACAGCUGGAGCCGUGGCUGCUGAAGGAAAUGGACUCAUGCAUUUCCAACAUUUUCCUCAAUGAAGACCAGGAUGUGUUCAUCCAACUCUUCAACCUCAUCCUCUAUGAAAGUGUGAACGUUGACUACAGGCACAGUGACACAGGGGCCUCGCCUCUGAUGGUGGCAGCAGCUCGAGGGUUCCUCACACAGGUUGAGCAGCUGCUCAGCAUGGGGGCAGACAUCAACAUGAAGGCAUCCAAUGGCUGGACAGCCUUAGACUUUGCCAAACACUUCCAGCAGACAGAUGCUAUGGAUCUACUCAAAUCUUCCAUUCCUCUGGGAGAGGUGAACAGCCUGGAUGAGUCCACUCUGAUGCAGUGUGAGAGUGCAGAGAUGAGCGCUGAAGAGCAGGAGCUGCUCAAACUGUACCACCACAGCUUUGAUGAUGAGCAGGUGGACCUGGACCUCAUCAUGGAUCUGCUGCACAACAUCUGCUCCACCACCAGUGACGGUGCUGUCCUGAUUUUUCUUCCUGGAUAUGAUGUGAUUGUGUCACUCAGGGACCGCAUCCUGUAUGACGAUAAGAGAUUCUCCAGCCACUCUGAAAGGUACCAGGUGUUCACUCUACACUCAGACAUGCAGACUCUGGAUCAGAAAAAAGCCAUGAAGAACUCUCCACCUGGUAUCAGGAAAAUAAUUCUUUCUACUAACAUUGCUGAGACAAGUAUCACUAUCAACGACGUGAUCUUCGUCAUUGAUUCAGGAAAGGUCAAAGAGAAGUCCUUUGAUACCCUCAGUCAUGUAUCCAUGUUAAAGACAGUUUGGAUCUCGAAAGCCAGCGCUUUGCAACGGAAGGGAAGAGCCGGCCGCUGCAGACCAGGGAUUUGCUUCCGCCUCUUCAGUCGACUCAGGUUCAAAAACAUGCUGGAAUUCCAGGUUCCACAGCUGCUGCGUAUGCCACUGCAGGAACUGUGUCUGCAGACCAAGCUGCUGGCCCCCUCCUCCUGUCCAGUAGCUGACUUCUUGUCCAAAGCUCCACAGCCUCCUGCUGCACAUGCCAUCAAGAAUGCUGUGCAGAUGCUAAAGACAAUAGAUGCUAUGGACCAGUAUGAAGACCUGACUGAUCUGGGCUACCACCUGGCUGAUCUCCCCGUGGAGCCCCACUUGGGCAAGAUGGUGCUGUGCGCUGUGGUGCUCAAGUGUCUGGACCCCAUUCUAACCAUUGCCUGUACACUGGCCUAUCGUGACCCCUUCAUCCUUCCCGCCCAGGCAUCUCAGAAAAGGGCUGCACUACACAACCGCAAAUGUUUCACUUCCACCUCCUUCAGCGACCACAUGGCCCUGCUGAGAGCCUUCCAGGCAUGGCAGAAGGCCCGCAGUGAAGGCUGGGAGAGAUCCUUCUGUGAGAAGAACUUCCUGUCCCAGGCCACCAUGGACAUGAUACUUGGCAUGAGGACACAGCUGCUGGGGCAGCUCAGAGCCAUUGGUUUCGUACGAGCCCGUGGGGGCAGUGACAUCCGGGAUGUGAAUCUGAACUCUGAGAACUGGGCCGUGGUGAAGGCAGCCCUGGUGGCUGGCAUGUAUCCAAACCUGGUCCAUAUCAACCAGGAGACCUCCCUGUUCUCCAGUAACCGGGAGAAGAAGGUCCACUUUCAUCCCACAUCUAUCCUGAGCCAGUCCCAGUUCAAGGAGAACAGCACAGCUAAAUCGGCCCAGGCCCUUCCCACAGACUGGUUGAUCUACGACGAGAUGAGCCGAGGCCACAGGAUGGCCAGUGUCCGCUGUUGCUCCAUGAUGACCUCAAUCACUGUGGCCAUAUUUGGAGGAUGUGCCAAGCUACCCAGCUCUGCGCUGCAGGAACCUGCGGCACAGAAAGCUACUGACAGUCCGGGUGACAUCAGUGACAGUGAGACGGAGGACCUAGCUGAGAUGAGGAUAGAUGACUGGCUCAUCUUUCAUCUGGACAAAGAGGCUGCAGGACUGGUGUUUGAACUGAGGCAGAAGUGGCAAAAUCUGUUCAUCAAGAGGAUCCGUUGUCCUUCAAAGCCUUGGUCUCAACAAGAUGAGGCCAUCAUCCGGACCCUGGUUUCUGUGCUCGUGGCAGAGGAGCAGGGAGCAGGCCUGCAGCAGCCCACAGGGAUUGGCCAGCGGCCCCGGCCCAUGUCAUCGGAGGAUGGGCCCCAGGCUUCAAUGAAAAGCUCCAAGAACAGCCCCCAACUGCCCACCAACACCAACAAUGACAAGUCUCGUAGGAUGCCAGCAACCUGGAGCCUUCUACAGGGGAAAUCCCAACACAGAGAAGAGGCCUCAUUGCCUAUCAAGCAGCUCUCUGAUGAGCCUCACUCCUCCAGUAGCUCUUCCUGCUCAGUGACCUUGGACAGUCCCUCUUAUAGCCCCUGUUCUUCCUCCUCAGGAAAGCAGAUCGCAAAGCCACCGUCUCCCCAGCUGGUCUUCUCUUCAGUGCGGUACUUCAUCAUGAAGAGCAGCAAUGUGAGGAACAUAGACAUUUCUCAGCAGAAAGGUAUCUGGUCUACAACACCAAGCAAUGAGACCAAACUCGCCAAAGCCUUCCUGGAGAAGAGCGCUAUCAUCCUCAUCUUCUCUGUCCAAGGCUCUGGGCACUUCCAGGGCUACGCCCGCAUGACAUCAGUCAUUAGUCAGGAGAGCUGCCAGGACUGGGGCUUCAUGGGACUCGGAGGGGUUUUUAGUGUAGAGUGGAUCCACAAGGAGAGUCUUCAUUUCCAGUGCUCACAACACAUCCUCAACCCGUGGAAUGAAAACAAGAAGGUCCAGAUCAGCAGGGACGGACAGGAGUUGGAGCCACAAGCAGGCAGCCAGCUGCUGUUACUGUGGGAGAGAAACUCUGGGAAUCAAGUUCAAUAAGAGGUAGCAGCAGUACACAACCUCAAUCUGGCUCAAACUACGUGCAUACAUUGUAUAUUGAAAGAAACAUGUAUUUUUCUAUCCGAUCUUAAAUGUUUUAUUCUGUUUUUCCUUGAACAGAACAAGGACUGCACUACUAGUUAAGUGAUGAGACAAUGGAGGGACUGAUUCAUUGGAAAGCUCAGCUCUUGUUUCUGUGUUUUAUUUAAUACGUUCUCAGUCAGGUUUUAUUCAUUUUAUUAAAAAAAGGUACUCAAGUUCUUAUCAAAUGAUAUGUUUACAAUAAAAUGUCUGGAUGUUAUUAGGGGUCUGACAUAAAUUAGAAGAGAUGAAACAUGUUAAAUAUUAGGACAGAAGCUGCUACAGUUCCUUUAAGUUUGUGUAAUGAAGGUGUUGAGUGACAUGUGAACACUAUUUACAAAAGCAAUGCUCCUCUACAUCCAGAAGGGAGAGAAGGAGAACAUGUCAUAUGUGUUAAAGCUCUGAUGAGACUUGGUUUGACUCAUUUUAACACUUUUGUUUCCUUUUUUCCCUGAUUGAGGGCAGAAAACAUCUUAAUAUUUGUUGUUGGCAUUUGAAUUGUUCGUGUUUGCUGCUGUAUGCAGAGAGGUGAGAAGUGAACGUGUGGCUGUCGAGUUCAGGCAUCCUCACGAUUGUUAAUGGGUUGAUAAAAUAAACAAUGAUUUCAUCUUAAA